UGAAUCCACGUCUCCGGAGCGGCUGCUCCACUUCGCGCCGGGAGCUCGGGGGGUCUAAAAGAUGUCCCACUGAUCUCCUUUGCUUCUCGGGAUGCUGCAGCCUGUAAGCCUGCAAAGCCACCACGGCUACCAAGGUGCUUUGACAGGACCCCUCCCUUGCUGUGCCACUGUUCCUGGAGUGCGUGAGAGUGAGUGAGUGAAAGAGUACCUCAUAGCUUAUCGGAGACUACUUGGCAAGCUUGGGCAGACAUGGCGCUGUCUGUCAGGUAUCACAAUAGGAUCAGCCCCUGGUGAGACGCCACGGCCAUGAGUCUCCGAAACGUCAUUUGUGGGUUUGCUUACUUACUUUAGGCAUGGGAUUCCCACUCUCCAGUCAGACUCAUGAUCUUGUUCAAGACCAUCUCUACCGAAGUUCGCGGGAAAACUGACCUUUUUCCGGUUGCCAUCCACCAGCACCUCGAAUUCAAUAAGUGCCACCGUUCUAUUACGCCAGCUUCUCUUUCAUGCUUCGAAGUAAUCGGCCUCAGCACUAUUCACCUCAAUAUCUAACCACUAAACAUCAACAUCAUGACGAGACUCAGCGACGCGAUCAAGGAUGACCAUCGGAAGAUCGAGCAGGCAUAUCGAUAUAUCCUCACAUCAACCACUCUAGAAGACAAAGUCCGAUGGAGGAAUGAGCUCAGUCUCGAACUGGCAAGGCAUUGCAUCAGCGAGGAACAAGUCCUCCUUCCAAUCCUCACAGAUCGACUGGCCGAUGGCGAGUCUCGUAGCGCCAGGAAUCACACGGAUCGCGAAAGCUUGAAGGGAAAGAUUUGCCGCCUUCAAGCGAUUCCAGUCGACGAUGACAGCUUCGAAACCGAGUUAAAGGCUCUCUGGGUAGACCUGGCAGCCCACGUCCGCGAUACCGACAACCAGGACGUGGCCCGGCUGGAAGAGUGCCUCACCAUGACCGAGUCCGAGGAGCUAGCGAGGCAAUUUCGGCUCACAAUGUCCAUGGCUCCGACGCGGAGUAACCCCUCGCCUGAUCGCGGUCCGCCGUCUCAGCAGAUCACAGACUUCCUCGCCACCGAAACUGGGCCUUGAUUGCGCAUGGCCCGGUUUUGCGGGGUUGGUGAGGAGGGAAUUCUGGGGAAGUAUGGGUGAGACGCCUCAUGAUAUACGGCAUUAUGACGGAGCAAGACCCUAGUGGGCACAGUAGAUAUCAAUCAUUACGGGGUUCUUUCAGUAUGGUAGUUGCACUCAAGAUCACAGCCUGAAUUUUAAUAUUCUGAGUACAUCUCUCUUCUGACCUCGCAUGUAACGAAACACACGAUAAGCUUGGAACCGACCGACCCGGAGCCGAGCAACUCCGGGUGGGCCCGGUCGGUGUCAACCACGCCGAGUUUGCCCCGGUAUGUCUUUGUCACUUUCACGUCAUAAGACCACGACUUGCA